GCAGUUUGUUUGGGGCGGAGAAGAAGAAGCACCAGCAGCAGCGUAUGCGAAAAAGUUUAAAAAUAAACAAAUUCCGUUUGAAAUCAAACUGAUAUUCAAUUUUCCGGGCGCGCAGUUAAAUCGUAGGAGCCGACACAAACAAAAAGCCAAGAGAGUCGGAUUAUUAGGCGAAAUUCUUCGCUCUCACACGGAACUUGGCCUCAAUAUUGGGAACUAUAUCAGUUCGUUCUGUUCACUUCGUCGUGGCGCACGGGAAUCAGACGCCCAGCAACGCAAAGCUCUUGCAAUGGGACUGCCACCAUUUAAUGUCAGCGGAAGCCCUUUCAAUGUGGUACCAAUCCACAACUAUCCGGAGCUGAUGAAGGACACCUGCGCCCUGAUCAACUCCGAAUGGCCACGAUCGGAAACGGCGCGCAUGCGCUCCCUGGAGGCAUCCUGCGACACUUUGCCCUGCAGCCUGGUGCUGACCACCGAGGGCAUGUGUCGUGUGAUCGCCCACCUGAAGCUCAGCCCAAUUACCUCGAAGAAGAAAGCCUGCUUCGUUGAGUCCGUGGUUGUGGACAAGCGACAUCGCGGUCAGGGAUUCGGCAAGCUGAUCAUGAAGUUCGCCGAGGACUAUUGCCGCGUAGUCCUGGAUCUCAAAACCAUCUACCUAUCCACCAUCGAUCAGGAUGGGUUCUACGAACGCAUCGGCUACGAGUACUGUGCACCCGUUACCAUGUACGGACCUCGUCACUGCGAGCUGCCAAGCCUGCAAAAUGCCAAAAAGAAAUACAUGAAGAAGGUUUUAUAGACGUCAACGCCAGUAGUAGUAGGUUUAGCCAAAUUGGGCCGUGCCGAGCCCGAUCAGAGAGUGGCAGUGAACUAGUCAAAUUGGCAAGCGCUUGAAAUUCUUUACGGGUUUGCCUGCCAACAGCUGCUCCGAGCCAUACCCUGUGGACGCCCGGCACUCUGCCAAAGUCUGGGAUGAGUGACACGUUCCACCUGGCGAAUCACGAAGCAGCUACACCUUUUGAUUCCAUUACACCGAUAAGCAAACAUUCACCAAACGCUUGUGUUGAUUUUUGAAUAUUACUUUCCGCAUGUAUUUUUUAAACUUUUUGGUUCUUUUUGUAUGACAAAGGUGACCUCCCCCCGUCCGGGCUGUUCGGUACAUGUAUAAGGCUAAUGUUAACCUAAUCCUAACUAUGUUUAGCUACUAUUAUUUGUUAUGGUUUUGCUCAAGCGUGUGCAUAGUUGCUCCUAGAAGAAUAUCUACCUGCCUGCGAUGAUAAUAAGAAGCUCAAGUAUCUUCCAACGAAACAUAGCAUAUAGAAACAUAUCGAGCCUUAGCAUUAAGCAAUGACCGAAGGCAAUAACUUCCAAUAAAACGUGUAGAAAAAUAUGA